AUGGUAUAUUAAAGGAUCAUUGGGAUAUAAAAAAAAAGCCUUACAACUUAGAAGUGCAAUCGUCGUACUUUUAAAUGUAAAUAUAUUUUAAUGACAGUUAAUUUAGUCGUACCUUUAAUUAUUGCAACCUAGAGAGCCAUUGAUAAUAUUAUUGCCUAGGUAGACAAUAUUCAUAAUUUUAGAAAUCCAUUGUAGUAAUAUUUCCUGUAUUUAUUAGGCAUUGUCAAAAAUUUAAAUUUUAAAAGGAAAUAAUAUCCGUCCCUACAUAAUUCAAGCAAUUUUAUUAUUUUCUAGUCAUUCUUGACAGUGCCUAACUAUGACCAUUGCCGGUAACGUGUAUAUAUAAACUGCAGACGUGAAAAUCGGCGACUUGAUACUGUUGGCGAUCACGUACGACAAUCUCAAGAUGUUGGACCGGCUGCUGGAAUUCGACGAGACCAACAACGGAACGGGAAACCGGGGCAAGGGCAUUGGCUGGAAUCGGGUGCGGUCGGACGACGGCGUUAACGCAGCCGAUCCGGAAGACGACGACGAUUCGGAAGAGUUUCCGCGGUUCAUGACGCCGCUGAUGUUGGCCGCGCAGUGCGGCCUGUACGAGACUGUCGAGUACCUGGUGAACCGCGGCCACAAGCUGGACAGGCCGCAUCCACCACGGUGCACCUGCAGUGACCGGUGCAUGGUCUCGGCUUCGCGCGCCGACGCGGUGGCCGACAGCUGCAAACGGCUGAACGGGUACUGGGCCAUCAGCAACCCGACGUUCAUAUGCACCACGUCUUCCAGUUCCGAUCCGGUACUCGAGUGCUUCCGGUUGCACGAAGAGCUGUUGCGGUGCGGAUCCGCCGAACAGGUGCACAACGCUACGUACACGUAUAUGGCCGCACAGGUUAGACAAUUCGCGGUGGAAAUGAUAGUGAACUGCAGGACGUCGGACGAAGUCAAGAUCAUGUUGCGAAAUCGGGACGGUUGCAAGUUCAGAGGUCAGUUCCCGUACCCGAGACUGAUCACGGCUAUGGACUACAAGCAGAAGGAGUUCGUAGCGCACAUCAACAUCCAACAGGUGCUGGAAACCGCGUGGCUGGGCGACUGGAUCGAGUGGAAGGCGUACUCGGGGCCGCGGAAGUUGGCGUACCUGCUGUGGCGGUUCUGCAUGCUGCCGGUGACGGUGGCGCUGGGAAUGCUGGCGCCCAACUCGAAGCUGAACCAGUUCAACCGGUUGCCGAUCAACCGGAUGUUCAACAGCCUGGUCACCUACCUGGUGUUCCUCGGGCUGCUGUUCGCGCACUCGAACGCCGACAAGUUCAAGACGCACAGGGGCGCGCCGGAACUGCGCACGUGGCUGCCGAUCGUCGUGUUCGUGCUGGGCCACGUGGUGGAGAAGACGAAGCUGCGGCUGCAGCAGGGCCCGGGCCGGUUCUUCAAGAACCUGUGGAACGUGUUCGACACGGUCAAGCUGACGCUGUUCGUCGUCGCGUUCCUGUGCUGGGCGGUGGCCGGCGUCCGGGCCGGCCGCGAGUCGGACCAUCACCUGGACCGCAAGUACUGGCACUGGGCCGACCCGCAGCUGCUGGCCGAGGGCCUGUUCACCGUGGCCACCGUGAUGGCGUACCUGCGGCUGCUGUUCCUGUGCCAGCUCAACUACUACGUGGGGCCCAUGCAGGUGUCCCUGGGCAAGGUGCUGCACGACUUCGGCAAGUUCGCCACGUUCCUGGUGAUCAUCAUGGCGGCGUUCACGUGCGGCCUGGGCACGUAUUACUCGUAUUACGCGGGCAUGGUGUACAGGGACCCGGAGACGGGCGAGACCACCAGGCAGGAGGACUCGUUCGUCACGGUGGCCGACACGUUCAAGACGCUGUUCUGGGGCAUAUUCUGCAUGACGUCGCUGGACGCGCCCAACGUGGUGGUCGGCAACGCGGCCCCGGCCACCGGGCGCGUGGACGCCGAGGCGCAGACGCACCAGUUCACGCAGCUGGUGGGCUACGGGCUGUUCGCCGUGUUCGAGGUGCUCAUGGUGGUGGUCAUGAUGAACAUGCUCAUCGCCGCCAUGUCGGACACAUUCCAGGGCGUCACCGACAACGCCGAGUACGAGUGGCUGUUCGGCCGGACGAAGGUGUACGUCAGCUACAUGCUGCAGGACGACCUGCCGCCGCCGUUCAACCUGUUGCCCACCACGGGGCUGCUGUUCUGCGCCAAGCGGUACGUGUCCAAGUCGUCGCGGGGCUACGGCCUAUUGCCGGGCGACGACGGCCGGGGCGACUUCGACAGCCGCUCGACGGCCGCGGCCCCCGAGUUCCGCGACCUCAUGGCCGAGAUCGUCAAGCGGUAUUUCACCAUGCACAGGGCGCCCGCCGAACACUGA